UAGUGGACAAUUGGAUAGACAAAAACUCAACUACCAUCUUCUCUCUAACUACUAAUACUACUACUCUCUCUCUACUUUCUCUCUCUAUAUCGACACUGUAUUUGUAUGGCAGCGAAUUCACAGAUUCGUGGUGUCGCGAGUCUGGGGAAGCGAUUCGUUAACGAGAUCCGAGCUGGAAGCUCUCGUUAUCAAACUCAGUCUCCUUCGCUCACUCUCAGUAGGGCUUUGCACGCCUCCUCGUAUGAUAAGAACCCGGAUGAGCAGGUUCCUCCGACAGUGGUCCCGGAUGAGAUAAUCCAGCCUGAAUCCGAGAAGUACUGGGCUCCAGAUCCAAAAACUGGGGUAUUUGGCCCGGCAUCUGAGCAAAACCUCUCAGGGGGAGAGCGUGGAUUCCACUCGUCACCUGUGGAUGGUGCUGGGGAUUCAGUGCUGGAGCAGAAGGCGUUCUUCCGUCCCCUGGAGGAUUUGGAGAAGCCCACCCAUCCUUGAAGCAAAGAAAGUAAGCUGGACUGUCCUCUAAUAUAGAUAUACAUAGAAGAAGAAUAAAGGACAGUUGAAGAACAGAACUGCUAUAAUAUAGUGUGGCAUAUUGGUAGUAUUAGUAUAUAGUUAAAUAUCCGAGUGUAUUCAGAUAAAUGCUGCACGCUUUUAUGCCCAUAGUAGUAAGGAAGCUUGUUUUGUAAUACUCCUAUUAUGUUUAUCUGGUUUUGCAAGAAUUGACGAAUAUUAUGUUAUCUUUAUGUUUACUGCAAAAAGAGUCUUGUUUUGUAAAACUCAAGUAUAUAUCGACGAAUACUAUGUUAUUGUUAUGCUUUA